UUUCAAUAACACAUGCACGAUAGACACAGGAUAGCCAUUGAAAUGCGCUGUUUACCAUGGCAAAUGAAAAGUUAAAUUUGCCAAAGAAAGAUCGAAAUGAUACUCGAUGGUUUAAGGUCUGCUAUUUGAAGACCUUUACCAUGCGAAGAAGCAAACCAAAGGGUGGUCAACAAAAUCAUGACUUUCCUAAGGAGCAGGAGGCAAUGAAGAGAAGUGUUAAGCAUUGCCCCGUACAUCCUGCUGGCUGGUUGCUGACACUACUCAGCCUCGUUGGUGUUGUUUGGCCCAAGAACAUGAGACCGGAUGCUGGAAGUAAAGGGAAGAAGGAUCUCCUGCCUCAGACUGAGCAGGCGUCUAAUAAGAAAAAGAGAGUCAAGACCAUAAGGAUAAAGAGAAAUGCAGUGGAGCCGAUCGGUGAGAGAGAUCGAAACCGAUCAUUAAGUUCUUCCAAUGGGUCUCAGACUGUGUUACCAAGGACUCAAGGAGACAGUGGACUUAAAUCACCUGAGCCGCUUUCUGGAAUCACUGAGGGCAGUCUCCUCUGUGGUGUUAGGAGUUCCUUUAGAGAGUUGCCCAAAAUGUCUAUACAAGACCAAGUCCUCUUUGACACCUCUGUAAACAUUGUCAACCAGGUUCUAGCUUGGUCUAUUUCUAAGGUGAUGAAGGACGACUUAUCUGUUGGAGGGAUUAAUUCCACCAACGUGAGGAACAGUGAGACAAUGCAGAGUCGGGACAGUAAUGUUGGCUCAGGAACAUGCCAGGCAUCAUCUACAAAGGCCUCCCGCUCCAUCAGCUCUGCCAAAUCCAGAGCUUCCCAGAGUGAUAGUUUUAGGAAUGUUUUGCCAGGCACUCCAAUCCCAAAAGAGUGGCCAGUUGAAAGUGAUUUCCCUCUCAUUAGGAGUUCGGCCAUUGAUAUGGGUAGGUCCUCAACUAAUUCCAAAGUGUCACUAAACAAGUCAAAGCAAACCAUCGCUGCUGUAGUAGAUACUGUUAUGGAGGACAAUAAAAGAGAAGAAAAAGAUCAAAAGGACAUUGCAACACUCCGUUCCAGUCUUCAUAACUUUUCACGGGAGCUCACCGACAAAGUUCAUGAGCUCAUAGAGAGUCGCAACAGACCCGAAGAUCUUUUUUCACCUGCUGGAAAGGCUGCAUCAGACUCGACACUUUUGAAACUGAAGACCAGAUUUGAAACUUGUGAACAAUCUUGGGAGAUUGAGCUGGUGAACUUCUUUACUAAGGAGUCAGUAAGACGUCUACUACAGGAUCUGAUCUCCUGGCGUCCUCCACCGUCUGAAGUACCAGAUAGAUCUGGUAGUUCCUCACAGGUUUAUCCAGACACCGAGAAGCAGUUUGCUAAUACAGAGGUCAAUCGGUUGAAGAGUCAGAAUCGGGACAGUAAUGUUAGCUCGGGAACACACCAGGCAUCAUCAACAAAGUUCUCCCGCUUCAUCAGCUCGGCCAAAUCCAGAGCUUCCCAGAGUGAUAGUUUUAGGAAUGUUUUGCCAGGCACUCCAAUCCCAAAAGAGUGGCCAGUUGAAAGUGAUUUCCCUCUCAUUAGGAGUUCGGCCAUUGAUAUGGGUAGGACCUCAACUAAUUCCAAAGUGUCACCAAACAAAUCAAAGCAAACCAUCGCUGCUGUAGUAGACACUGUUAUGGAGGUCAAUAAAAGAGGAGAAAAAGAUCAAAAGGACAUUGCAACACUCUGUUCCAAUCUUCACACCUUUUCACGGGAGCUCACCAACAAAGUUCAUGAGCUCAUAGAGAGUCACAACAGACCCGAAGAUCUUUUUUCACCUGCUGGAAAGGCUGCAUCAGACUCGACACUUUUGAAACUGAAGACCAGAUUUGAGACUUGUGAACAAUCCUGGGAGAUUGAGCUGGUGAACUCCUUUACUAAGGAGUCAGUAAGACGUCUACUACAGGAUAUGAUCUCCUGGCAUCCUCCACCGUCUGAAGUACCAGAUAGAGCCAGUAGUUCCUCACAAGUUUAUCCAGACACCGAGAAGCAGUUUGCCAAUACAGAGGUCAAUCAGUUGAAGAGUCAGAGUCGGGAUAGUAAUGUUAGCUCAGGAACACGCCGGGCAUCAUCAUCAAAGUUCUCCCGCUGCAUCAGCCCGGCCAAAUCCAGAGUUUCCCAGAGUGAUAGUUUUAGGAAUGUUUUGCCAGGCACUCCAAUCCCAAAAGAGUGGCCAGUUGAAAGUGAUUUCCCUCUCAUUAGGAGUUCGGCCAUUGAUAUGGGUAGGUCCUCAACUAAUUCCAAAGUGUCACUAAACAAGUCAAAGCAAACCAUCGCUCCCAUAGUAGAUACUGUUAUGGAGGUCAAUAAAAGAGAAGCGAAAGAUCAAAAGGACAUUGCAAUACUUCGUUCCAGUCUUCACAACUUUUCACGGGAGCUCACCGACAAAGUUCAUGAGCUCAUAGAGAGUCACAACAGGCCUGAAGACCUUUUUGCACCUGCUGGUAAAGCUGCAUCAGACUCAACACUUUUGAAACUGAAGACCAGAUUUGAGACUUGUGAACAAUCCUGGGAGAUUGAGCUGGUGAACUCCUUUACUAAGGAGUCAGUAAGACGUCUACUACAGGAUCUGAUCUCCUGGUGUCCUCCACCGUCUGAAAUACCAGAUAGAUCCAGUAGUUCCUCACAAGUUUAUCCAGACACCGAGAAGCAGUUUGCCAAUACAGUCGUCAAUCAGUUGAAGAGUCAGAAUCGGGACAGUAAUGUUAGCUCAGGAACACGCCGGGCAUCAUCUACAAAGUUCUCCCGCUCCAUCAGCUCGGCCAAAUCCAGAGCUUCCCAGAGUGAUAGUUUUAGGAAUGUUUUACCAGGCACUCCAAUCCCAAACGAGUGGCCAUUUGAAAGUGAUUUCCCUCUCAUUAGGAGUUCGGCCAUUGAUAUGGGUAAGUCCUCAACUAAAGUGUCACCAAGCAAGUCAAAGCAAAGCAUCGCUCCCGUAGUAGAUACGGUUAUGGAGGUCAAUAAAAGAGGAGAAAAAGAUCAAAAGGACAUUGCAACACUCCAUUCCAGUCUUCACAACUUUUCACGGGAGCUCACAGAUAAGGUUUAUGAGCUCAUAGAUUCUCACAAUAGCCCCGAAGACCUUUUUGCACCUGCUGGAAAGGCUGCAUCAGACUCAACACUUUUGAAACUGAAGACCAGAUUUGAGACUUGUGAACAAUCCUGGGAGAUUGAGCUGGUGAACUCCUUUACUAAGGAGUCAGUAAGACGUCUACUACAGGAUCUAAACUCCUGGCAUCCUCCACCGUCUGAAGUACCAGAUAGAUCCGGUAGUUCCUCACAGGUUUAUCGUGACACCAAGAAGCUGUUUGCCAAUACAGAGGUCAAUCAGUUGAAGAGUCAGAUGCCACAGGGAAGUUAUCCAGAACCUAUGUUGGACCUGAACUCUGUUAAGGAUACAUCUUCCACACAUCUGGCAUUUGACUACACUAGCAAUGACUACGCCACUUUAGUAUUUUCACUGGUUUUUGGACUGCUGUCAAAGAUAAGCGCAGGUAUGUCAAUGGAAACCUCUGUCAUUGUUGACAUAACCAAAGUUCUCAUCAAGAGGAUACUGUCUGAUUUCUGUAGCAUCUCAGGCAUUCAACAAAGUCAAGCCUGCCCCCAGAAACUGAAAAUCGAAAUGAUCUUCAAGAGCAUCUACAAACAGCUUCAUCAGGAAUUUGGAUCAAGAAAGAUUCUCCAGGUGGCAAUGAAGUCACAGAAUACUGCAUUUCACAAUGCCUUGGUUAAAUCAGUAACCAGGGAACUAUUGAACAUAUGCAAUGAGACCAGCUCUUCGUCCUUCUCAAUUACCACAUUGUCCUCAGACAGUGACAAGGCCAGGCCAGCUGGGCUUCCAAAGGCCGGUGAAAAGGAAAAGGGGGGAAUCGCUCAUCGGUUUCGACUACUUCUAAAGCAUUCAAAGAAGGUAAACAUGAAAAAGGACCAUGCAUCCAAACCUUCCCAGAACCAGACCCCUGCUGUCCAUAGACUAGGGAGUGUCUACGAUCAAGAUACUGGCAAAACAGAGAAUGGAACCUCCGGCAAGAAAAAAGCAAGGAAGCAGUCAUUCUUUUCAAGGGCAUUUUCAGAUACAAGAAAUGCCCUGUCCAGUCUCUUUACAGUGGGUCUGAUUUAAUCUGUAUUCAAAAUAAACAUCAUUGCAGUAAU